AUGGGAAGCUUGAGUACGAUUCUAAUACACCCAGAUGAAAUAUAUCCACUCUUGAAGUUGAAGCUUGCGAUUACGAAAGCUCAGAAACAGAUCCCACUUGAUCCACACUUGACUUUCUGUUACUCAACUCUCAACAAAGUUUUUAAAACGUUUUCUCUUAUUAUUCAGCAACUAGGCACCGAGCUACGUGACGCUGUGUGUGUGUUCUACUUGAUUCUCCGAGCUCUUGAUACUGUUGAGGAUGACACAAGCAUUCCAACUGAGAUCAAGGUUCCAAUUCGUAUAGCUUUCCACCGCCACAUAUACGAUCGUGACUGGCAUUUUGUAUGUGGUGAGGAAAAGUACAAGGUUCUAAUGGAGCAAUUUCAUCAUGUGUCUGCAGCAUUUCUGGAGCUUGAAAAAGGAUAUCAAGAGAUUAUUGAAGAUAUAACUAAAAGAAUGGGUGCAGGAAUGGCCAAAUUCAUUUCCAAGGAGGUAGAAACGGUUGAUGAUUAUGAUGAAUACUGUCAUUAUGCUGCUGGACUUGUGGGUUUGGGUAUGUCUAAACUUCUCCUCUCUUCAGAACUAGAAACAGUAACUCCAAACUGGGAGCAGCUUUCCAAUUCUACAGGUUUAUUUUUGCAGGACUUGAAAGAUGAGGACAAAUCAACAAAAGCAGUGCAGUGUUUGAAUGAUAUGAUCACUAACGCAUUGAUUCAUGUUGAAGAUUGUUUGAAAUCUAUGGCUGCAUUGCAUGAUCCUGCAAUAUUACAGUCUUGUUCCAUCCCUCCUCUAUAUACAGAAACUAUGGCUGCAUUGCAUGAUCCUGCAAUAUCCUGCAUGAUCCUGCAAUAUUACAGUUUUGCAAAAGAAUUUUAA